GUCGCUGUCAUCGGUUGUGGUUUUCGCGUCUGGAUUGGGUGAACAACUUUUGCGAAAUCUCGUGCAAUCCAGUACCAAGUGAUCACGUGACCUGUGAGAACUGGCAGAAUGAAGGAGCCAGCGGGAGGAGACUUUACGCUGUUUGAACACAGAACCGUGGCUCUGCUCUACUUUACUGCAGGUCUAUUGGGUGUGUUUGGAAAUGCAGUUUUGAUCCGAAUACUAUCACGUGACAAGCCUAUAUCUGGAUCCCGUGCUCGCCUGCACGUGCAUUUCGCUUUUGCGAAUAUUUUGGUCGUUGUCGGCUGCUUCUUCAGCGGACUGUCCUCUGUAUUUGGCAAGUGGCUGUUCGGGCCAACAGGUUGCCAGGUUUACGGGACGGUCACCUACACAGGCGGAAUGGCAGCAACCAGUCUUGGACCAGCGUUGUGUGUUCAGCGUUACCUGGCACAGGGCAACCCAAAAUACGACCAGGGUGGCGCCAGUGGGGCUCUGUCGUUGUUGUCCUGGAUGUACGCCCUCAUCAUCGCCGCUGGACCGCUACUGGGCUGGAACAGCUACUCGGCGGAGUCAGCGGGCACGGCGUGCGGACUGGAGUGGCAGGUGGCGGACUGGAGCCAUCAUUCUAUGUUCUUCGUGCUUGUGCUUGUCUCAUGCGGCCUCCUCUUCUUCGCCACCAUGUAUGCGCGCGCAGCCAUAUACGGCAAUGCAGCGCUGAAAGACGCUUGCGUUCCAAGUGGGGACUGGUUUAGCAAUUACCAACUUAACUGGAUUGCGGUCGCCAACAUGGCGAUUACGGGACUCGGAUUCACACCGUACUUCUACUUCGCGCUGUGGGCACUCAAGUACCCUGAUGUCCAAAUGACGGCCCUCGCCUCCGUUCUCCCGCCUCUCGCCGCCAAGAUCUCAACCGUCUUCGUGCCGCUCGUGUAUGUCGUGGCCAACCGGAAGUUUCGUAAUGCGUUCACCUCCAUGGUGUUUGGAGGGCAGGAAGAUACCGCCAGCGGGGGGCGAAGGAAGAGUGAAUAAAUAACGGUUUACUGGAUGAAUGCUCUUGUUCUAGAAACAAGACAAUGAGAAUCCGUGUUGUGUUCAGUGUUUUUUAAACAUGCAUUCGUAAUAAACAGAACUGACAACUUGCUAAUGAAAUAUUGGUAUAAUACACAAUUAAAACAUAUCGAAAGUUUCAAUACACAAAAACUAAAUACGACAGACGGACGGACAAACUAUAAAACAAUAGUUGCAGAUAUUUGUAUGUGAGUUAAAUACGUUGUCUCCCUUCUUUCAGUGAUAGCUGUUUUAUCUCACGAGAGGCACUAGAACAAUGAAGUUUUGAAAUGAACAUUUCUGGAUACUUACUUUUAAUUUCUUUUUUAAAUACAUUUCUGUGAAAAGAACACCAACUGUCAUAAGUAUAUGCAAAACCUCAACACGGUACUCCGGUCCAUCGAUCAACACUACAGUCACUUGAAGGGAAUGUACUCCGUCAGGGGUAAGGUCCCUUUUCACUGUACAUAGUGUUGAUCAGUCGACCGGAGUACUGUGAUGAAAUUUGAUGGGAUACAUUCGGAAACAAAUUACGUCAACUAAGAUUGGAGUGUUAUCUGCAUAUAUUUACACCUCAACUUCCAUUCCUUAAAUGAACUGCUUUUCGGCAACAUCUUCGGAUAUGUUCGGAUCGCAAUUCAUUGCAUAAAACACUCCUUCGGACUCAACACACUUUUACCAGCCCAAUUGCGUUCAUACCCCGAUAAUGACAUCAAGCCUGCAAUUCAUUCCUUAAAUAGUCAGACUGCAUGUUUUUGUUGCAAAUUUUUGUUUGGGUACUUUUCUUGGCAUGUUUUUCGUACUCAUUUUUUUUUAUCAAAUCGAAGAUGAUUUUCUGACAUUUUUAAACUGCAGUGAUGCAUAGUUAUUUUAUGCUAAAUCGUUGGUAGGAGUGACCCUUUUAUAAAUCUGAAGAAGAAAAAAAAAGGUUAAAUGUCGCUAAAUGUAGUUCAGACCAUAUGACACUAAAGCAGGAGUUCAUUCCUAUCAAAAUAAAUGUGAGGUAGAUACAUUCUAAAACUACAUUUUUUUGUUGU